AUGCCUCGAACCAACUUGAAAUUGCGCGCUAAUAUGAAGGAAACUGAAGACAGUCUUAGGAGAAUCUGGAUGCCGCUUCGUCUUGACAACUCUAAUCAUCCACAGAAUGCGCUUGAUCGUCAGUCUGUUAUCAAUCUUAUCCGAAGUGUCUACGAUCCUUUGCUGAUCGCUUGGCUUGCUGAGCUAGGCCACACCUGGCAAAACCAAUUUUCGAGAAAAGUUUCCGGUAAUGAGUUUCAAACACAGAUUCUAGCUAGAAUUGGAGAGCUUCCAGGAGGAGUUCAGUCGAUAGAGUCUGAGACAAUCCUUGGUGGAAUUCUAUACGAUAUUCUUCGGUUUUACCGAUUCACCGAUGCCGCCUGGAGGGUACCUUUGUCUGGCGCUGCUGCACCUCCUCCUCCUCCCCCUCCCCCUCCUGCUCCUGCCUCUGCUCUUGCUGCUACGACUUCUGAGGGGUCAUCUGGGGAUGUGCUUGUUGCUGCUAACUUAGAGGUGCUUAUAGAUGCGGCAACACAAGUACUUGGGUCUACUACAUCUUCUGAGGGGUUGUCAGGGGAUGUGCUUUCCACUACUAACUUAGAAGUGCUUAUAGAUGCGGCAACCCAAGUACUUGGACCAACUGGUGCUGCCCCUACUCCCCUAGAAAUACUUGCAGAGGUGGCAAGCACAGCCGAGCCUAGUCCUAUUGUUUCUCCUACUUCUUCCCUUGAUAUACUUGCUGCUGCUGUUGCCACACGUCCAUAUGCUCCUGUCCCUGCCCUUGCUGCUGCUGCCUCCCCGAUUGACUCUCCUGCUCCUGGGGCCAAGCGAGGCAGAGACGAUGAGACCGAGGAUGAAUCUGAGCAACCUGCUAAGAAGAAGCAAGCAGUGAGUCCGAAAUAA